AGUAUCGUCUCAUAGCUAAAAUUAUCUAGAUUGGAAUUUUUCCAAAAUGCAUUUUCUUCACUUCAUAACCAUGCUUCUCUUACUUUGUACAUCCAAAGGCAGCACCAAGCAUGAUGUAGAAAAAGGGGUAAUUGCAAGGAAAAUCACAGUAGAUCAAAGUGGCCAUGGAGAUUUCACUGCUGUACAAAAAGCCAUCGACUCUAUCCCACCAAAUAAUAACUUAUGGACUCGUAUCUACAUAAAAGCUGCUAUUUACUAUGAAAAAGUUGUAAUCCCACAAGGCAAGUCUUUUAUUAUUCUUCAAGGAGAGAGCCGCAGAAGAACCAUUAUCCGAUGGGAAGAGGCUGGCAGUGCUACCGAAAGCUCUACGCUAAUAUUGAGUGCAGAAAAUUUUGUGGCAAUGGACAUAUCAUUCCAGAACACAUAUAAUCUAGUUAUACCGGAAGGACCCGAUGGGAAGCGUAUUCUAUGGGCACCAGCAGCUACACUAUAUGCAGACAAGGCAAGCUUUUAUCGCUGUGGAUUUUCUGGAGUGCAAGACACUUUAACAGAUAUCCAAGGACGUCACUAUUUUAAAUCAUGCUAUAUUCAAGGUGCAAUAGAUUUCAUUUGGGGAGGAGGGCAAUCAGUAUAUGAGAAAUGUGUUAUAAAUGCAACUACAGGGAUUCUAAAUGGAACAGCUGGUUUCAUUACAGCUCAAGGUCGAGAAAAUGAAAAUGAUUCAAGUGGUUUUGUAUUUCUGUCAUGUAAAAUAGCUGCAAGUGGGCCUGUGUACCUAGGAAGAGCAUAUAGAGCAUAUUCAAGAGUGAUCUUCAAGAUGGCUUACAUGCCUGAAGCUGUCAUGCCUCAGGGUUGGCUACCAUGGAAUUAUACUGGUCAUGAGGAGAAAAUUACGUUCUCAGAGGUGUUAUGCAGUGGACCAGGUUCUGAUACCUCUCGGCGAGUGAAGUGGGAGAAGAAUUUAACUCAGAAAGAACUGAACCGAUUAGUAAAUAUUAAUAAAUUUAUUAAUACAGAUGGAUGGAUCCAGGAACAGCCCAGAUUUUAAUGAUCGUCCCUCUUACAGGGACUCGGUUUUCUUGUAACCACAGUCAUCUUUCAUAUAUUGAAUAGACCCUUUUUCUCUUAUUAA